AUGUGCCAGCUGUUCAUUGCCAAGCCAGUAAUUAUGCAACACGUCUGUUUAAUCUUCAGGGUGCUGUGGAGCAGCUUCCAUCUGCAAGUCAUUCGCUACUUAUGCUGCUUCCACAUCAAUGAUGGCUAUGCAACUAUUAGUAUUGAAAUGAAUACACUCAGAUACUGCUGCUUUGCCAUUCCGACUCUCAGUCUUUCACUUCCAUUUGUUUUCUACACCGUUAAUGCGCAUGCACAAAAAUAUCUUAUGAGGCCGAACUUCUCAGUGAGUUCAAUUUUAAUAGAAGCCUGUAAAGCACUUUAUGAAGACAAGGUGUCCUUUCUGAAGGAAAAUGCUUUAAAAAUCAGAGAAUCUAAUUGCACAGAGUACAUAACACAGAACCACUACAUCACCUGUGCCCUCUCGGCUGAGGAGGCUGUGUUCCUUGUUGCCUACAUCAUGACACUGCACAAAGAGUUCAAGACCUUCAAGCAGCUCUUCAGGGAGCUGCACAUGCCCCAAAAUGUCUGCUGUGUCCACAUGGGUGCCAAGUCACCAUUUCUCUUCUGGUGGGUGCUGCAGCACCUGAUGGGCUGCUUCACCAAUACCUUUCUCUCCUCCCAGGCAGAAAGGAAGGUCUGUGUCAGCACCUCCCAGCUGCGGGCUGACCUUCACUGCACGAGAGACCUUCUGGCCCUGUCUGUGCCCUGCGGUGAUGUGUGCAAGCUACCCCUGCCAUACAACCUGACCAUCUACCUUGGAUCUGUGUGCAUGGCUGUCACCUGACCUUUUGGGGAAUUUGUGCUCUAGGACCAGCACACCCUUGAUCUGCUGCUGCUCUCCAGAGACAGCUACAGCCCUGACAAGCUCUGGGUGAUGCUCAACAGGAUCCCAGAUAGGAAAUCAAGUACGGGUUGA